AACACAACUCAGUCUCCUACGCGCGCCAUCACCAUGUCCUCGCCCGCGCCUGGAACAACUCGCAUCGCGCUCGCGCCCUCCCCGGGCUUCUGCGUCAAGUCCUCCGCGCUCAACGCUGCGCUCCUCACCCUCUCCGGGCCCGACCAUGCCACCACUGCGCUCCCCAUCCCGAUCGACCGCAAGGUGUUCGUGAAUAUCGCCUGGGACAAGCACGUCCCCGCCCCGCCCGCCCGCAGCGAGGCCGCCAUCGAGCGCGCCAUCGCCGGGGACGUCGCUCUUAGCGGGCCCGCAGACCCCGAAGACUGGUAUGUGCCCGUCAUCGUUCCCGAACCGCGCGCAGACACGGAUAAAGCGGGGAAGCCGUCCGUCGUGUUCGACUGCAUCUUCAGCGCGUCCCUCAAGCCGCGCGCCCUCCGCUCGCCCGAGUUCAAGACAUUCCUCGUCGAGCUCGCGUUCCAGCGCAUCGAGACACAAUACGGUGUACAGCUCUCGCGCCAGAUCGGCACGCCCAACAUCGCCGCCAAGGGCAAGCUCGCCCCGCGCACAGUCAGCGUCCCCACCGCCCUCCUCGCCCCCGCGCCCUCUCUCGCCUCCGCUUCCUCUCCGCUGUCUGUCGAUGCGCCCCCGAGCAAGCCAGGUAAGCCGCUCAUCGAGGAAGUCUCCGUGCCCGCGCCCGCUGCGAAGGGCAUCUUGAAGGCCCCGCCCUCGGGUAUAAGGAAAGCGAAUGCGGUGGUCCCGAGCUUGAGCUGGACGAAGACGGACGACGGCCGGUUGCGUAUCGCGCUCAGUGUGCCACACCUCACACACGCAUCCAUCCCCCAUACGACGCUCGACCUCGAACCGCGCCGCAUCCUCUUUUCCGCCCCCUCUCCCGCCCCCGCUUCUUCCGUACAGCUCGACCUCGAUUUAUCCCUGCCAGACGCCGAGAUCGAGCGCGCAUUCGCAGCGGCGGCAGGCGAGGACUGGGCAGAAACACGGAGGGCGGCGCUGGGGCUGAAGGGUGAGCGGCCGCUGGACGUGGACGGGGCGCGAGCGGAAUGGCGCGUCGGGGAGGGGCUGUUGGUGAUUUACGCGUAGACUGCCAGCCAUGUACAUACCAGUGGCGACGAUGCAC